AUGUCUUCAACACCAACAUCAGCCUCUAGCAGUGCUGCCACCACAACUGCUAGUAGCGGAGAGGGUUCGGGUUCAAAUAAUGCUACAAGCUCACCUUUACUGUUCUUCGUCGCUCUCGGAUUCGGUGUUGUAUUCACAAAUCUAUGGAUCAUUGUUGGAGUCAAAUACUGCUUUCGAUAUAGCCAACGAAACCGUCAGCUCCGCAGUGAGGAAGUAGGAGAGCCCAUUGACUUGGUCACCAUGCCACGACCUCAUCGCAGGAGAAGGGAGAAAAGGCUAAUGACGAUGGAUGAAGUCAACGGGCGGUUUCCACUUGUCAAGUACAAAGUGUGGAGAUCAACUCGCGCCAACCAGGGUCUUUCAACGGAAGGAGGUAUCACGGCUCCGAAUAGCAGACCACAGAGCCUAAAAGAUGAUGGUGGCAUGGUGACAACAGCCGUUGGGGUUCACACAGCGGCAAUGUCACCAUCCACCAAGGGCCACGGACGGGUGGAUUCCACUGACACAUCACAAACCCCCAUUCAAGAGCUGCAGGAUGGGCCUCUGGUGCCGGUUUUGGAGAAGGGCCCUGCAGUAUCUGGGAUGCCUUCUACUCAGCAAUCCACCGGUGCAAUUACCCAGAAGGAGAAAUGGCAGCAUUCUUUGGCCAAUGAAAGCAUGAACAUUGGUCUUGAGGACCAUGAUGAUGAUGCCUACAUUCGUAAUGCUGUUCCUACUGAUCUUUUGCCCAACCCUGGCGAUUCUUGCGCUAUUUGCCUAGAUAUCAUUGAGGACGAUGAUGAUAUCCGGGGACUUGCAUGUGGACAUGCUUUCCAUGCCUCGGUCACCGUACAGCCUCGACCCGCCCAGAUGCAAUCCUCAGACCUCCUCGAGUUGCUUGGAAUAGUGGCAGGGCAAAUGGAUUCCGGGUCCAGAUGGGCUUACCUCCCCGAAUAUCUCAAUCGACAUCUCCAGGGGAAAGAGGCAUGUCUCCAGCCCGGGAACAUCAUAUGCAGAGUGGGCGAGAUCAGCCCCGGGACUCAGUCCAUGUCUCUAAUUCUUCGACUCAAUCUACUUGGUCUCGAUUGA